CAUCUCUAAUAAUAAUAAUAAACAAUUUUUUUGAGAUUUUAAUUCAAGUUAUAAUAUAUUUAUUGAAAAAAAAUUGAUAAACAAUGGUAUGAAAUGAAUUUGUUAUAACACUGAUAAUGUCGGGAUCAAAGUCCAAGGCCAGGUCACGGCCCCCGCCACUUAACGGCAGUGAUCUUUAUGCCGUUGAGGCCAUACUGGACAAGAAGGUCAACCAAAUGGGCAAAACAUUAUAUUAUAUAAAAUGGUUGGGUUGGGGUAAUAGCUAUAACACAUGGGAACCGGAGGAGAACAUCGCAACCGAGAGUCUACUCCAAGAGUUUGAGGAACGUCAACGGUCUGGUCAACCAUCGAAACUGUCACAUAAGCGCCGCCGAAGUAGCGACCAAUCAUCAAACGCUCAAUACAUGACCUCAGCAUCGACAUCGAAAUCACAUAAGAAGUCGCAAAAGUCAACACCAACUGAACCCAGGGCUAAGAAACCAAAAAAGACAAAACAAUUUUCAUAUCCCAUCGACACAUCAUUGACAUCAUCAUCAACAACAACACCAUCAACUUUGCACAGAGAUGUCAGCUAUGAAUCAAAUGUUCAGCGAAUUAUCGAUAAGCUUAACAAUACGGGCCCCGUAUUUGGUGGUAAUACCAGUGAGACAACAUCUGCCAGAAUGUUAAGAUCCAGAUCUAAUAGUCGCAGUCAAUGUAGUUCAAGACGAUCAUCAGUGGCGUCACGUCGAAACUCUUUGUUAAAUUCAACAGUUUGUGAUUAUGAGGUUUUAAGAGGAUGUCCAGAUCCUGGUGAUGUCCAAAGUCCAGUAUCCUCUUUGUCCGAGUACUCAGUUGUUCAGCCAUUUGUUAACAAAGCUCCCGAUACUUGUUCUGACUUUGAUUCAGAUUCAACGGUGGACGAGAAGAUUGUCGAUCAAAAUAAGACAGAGAAUGAAAACUUAGAGACCAAUAAAAAUAUUUGCACCGCCAAUGAUGGCAACAAUAAAAUGAAUUUAGAGCCACAAGUAGUCAUUGAAAGGCUCCGAUUGCCUAAACUAGUGCUCAAACGUAUGCUUUCCAACACAUAUGAAAAGCCGUCCUAUGAGGUGUCGUUGAAGACUGUGUCCGACAAUAAUAAUAAUAAUAAUAAUAUGUUAAAUGAAGAUAAAUCUAAUGAUUUGAUUAAUAAUCGCAAAACAAAAGAUCUCUUAAUUAAUGAUAAGACAGAAACAGUUGUCGAUAAUAAUACAGAUUAUGAAGUGGUCGAUAACGAAGAGGUUCAAAGCAUUGAAACUAGUGUUUUGAUUGACAAUAUUGAUGCCAAUAAAGAUGAUAAUAGAUUGAGUGCAAUAGCAAUAGAUAAUGUGAUUACGGGUAAUGACAACGAUAUGUCACAAUCAGACCAAAACAACGAUUAUAAUAAUACUUUGAUAUCUGAGUCUCCGAUAACUAUAGUGGAAACAGAAACAAUUGAGUGCAAUACAACUGUUAAUGACGAUGAAGACAUUGAAGUCGAUAAGGAUGAUAAUGAGGAAGAUAUUGGUGUCAAUAAAAAUAUAGAUUCUGAAGACAUUGUUGUUGAUAAUGAUAAUAAUGAUGAAGAUAUUGGUCUCAAUAAAAAUAUAGAUUCUGAAGAGAUUGUUGUCGAUAAGAAUCCAAAUGAAAUUGAUGUUCUGGAUGACGAUAAUCGUACUGAAGAUGAUAUAGAUAAUAGAAUUGAUUGUGGAAUCAAUGACAUGACAGCACUGGCCGUUGCCUCCAUAUGUUCACCACAAGAGAGACAAACAGUAAAAUAUAGUGGUGUUAAUGAUCUCCAGCGACCGAUACAAAGAUUACCACAUAUUCGUGUACCGCAUGAUUUUGUCGAAGAAGAAAUUGCUCUCAAAGCUAUUGUUUGUGAAUUAGAUACUACUUCUGUCAACCAGGAAGAGGAGCUCAUUAUUGCCUCGGCUGACGACGAUCUCAUCGCUGAAUCGGUGGUCACAACUCAGUCUUCUCAACUCAUCAGUUUGACAUAUGAUGUUACUUUAGUCUGUAAUGAUAAUGAAACUGUUGUUGUUGUUGACGAUGAUAGUGCUGACAACAAUGAUUGUGUAGAUAGUGAUGUCGCUGAAGUCAUAGAGAAAGUUAUUUGUUUGGUUGUCGAUGAAGUCAAUAAAAAUGUUAAUGAACUCAAUGAAGACAACGAUCAAGAGUUCAAUGAUAACGAUGAUGACCAACUCAAUUGCAGCAACAAUAAAGAGCUUAAAGAACACAACGAUGAAGAAAAUAAUGACAACAACGAUGAAGAACUCAAUGACCAGAAAAAUGAAAAAAAUAAUGACAACAACGAUGAAGAAAAUAAUGACAACAACGAUGAAGAACUCAAUGACCAGAAAAAUGAAAAAAAUAAUGACAACAACGAUGAAGAAAAUAAUGACAACAACGAUGAAGAAAAUAAUGACAACAACUAUGRAGAACUCAAUGAUCACAGCAAUGAAAUUAGCUAUUCUACUGACGACGACAUAUCCAAAGACAAUUCACCGGUUUCUGUAUACAACUCUUACAACAAAUCGAUGGAAACUAAUCUUAUCAUUAGACUACCGCCUCUUUCGACAAAUAAAGUAUACGAUGAUUCAAAUGUUGAGGAACAACAACAACAACAGCAAUCUGUUUAUAAUAACAAUUUUGUGUCUAUCACUUCAACUAUCACUAAACAGUUCUCUAAUAAUGAUGACAUUCAAAAGAGUCCGCUUGAAGUGCCGCUAAUUGAAUACAAAGAGUUACAUCAUAGCCAACAAACAUUUAAUGAGAACUAUAGCGAUGAUAAUAAUAAUGAUAAUAUAGAUAAUAACAAUAUUAACAGUCAAAACAAUAAUAAGGAAAUUAAUUCAACAAAUAGUAAUGACAUUAUGUUGAACACAGUUAUCACCGAAGUUAAUGGCGAUUUACAUGACAGCAUUGACGGUCAAUCAGCUAUCGGCAAAAAGUUGAGUGAUGCGACUGAUGAUUUGCCAGCAUUGGUAACGGCCUAUUCGCCCGUAUCACCUGUUUCUAUGGAUUUAUCGCCUGUGGCCACAACAGUCGAUAAUAAUUGCUAUACUGGAAGUCCUACUAAGUCCACUAGUGUCCAUUGUGACUAUAGCGUUGGCUCUAAUUAUAUUUUAGAUAAUAGGUUGAAUAGAUCUAACCUGGAGCCACUCUUUAAUCAACAUCAUCAACAACAACAACUACCAGUGCAACCAAUAGUUGAAAAUGUUUCACCAAUAAACACGUUGGCCGUCGAUAGACGUGAACUGAAUAAUCAUAAUAUUAAUAAUAAUAAUUCACCAGUUGGUGGACCUACGGUGUCACCAUUAUAUGAUAAGUCCUAUCAAAUCGGAGAUAUAUUUAAUGACUUAGAUAUCCAGAUGUCGUCUUCGUCCACACAACGACAACCGCCUUCACCAUUACCACCGACUAUAUCAUCUACAGGUUCCCAAUGGCAACAUAAACCUACAUAUGAUCGCAAUUCUCAGGGCAGCAAUUAUACCAACUGUUACGAUAGUAAUCCACUGAUUAAUACAAUACCGGCACAUUCACAGAUGACAGUUAGUCAGACACCGUUACCACUAUCAUCUACUCAUCAGCAACCAUUGCCACCAAUUUCAACAAUCACUCAAUCCAUGUCCACAUCAAGUAUGCUCAACUACGAUAACAUAUCCAAUCGUUUACAGAAUUUCAAAGACAAAUCAGGUGAACUGCAGACCACAUCCAAUAUUUUAUGCGAUGUGAUUACAGGUAGAAGUCCAUUACAAGACAUGACUAUUAACCAAAUGUCAAACCAAAUAACUCAAUCUAACCAUAAUAUAGCGACUGAUUUACGUAACCCAACUCCGCCCAUAAUAACCAAUUUAUCUCAUUUGACACGAACUAGUCGGUCAUCAUAUCCUCAACAAAUGAUUUCAAACGAUGGAUUAGUUGCAGACGCGUCAAACUGGCCUCUUCUCAACCAAACCAAUCAUCCAUAUCAAUCAUUCCGUCCACCGGUUACCGACGGUAUGACUGUUCCAUCGAUGACAUAUAGCAAUCAAUAUAUGCGACACUCGACCCCAACUCAUGGCAUUCCGUCGACAAUACAGUCCAACAUACGAUCGCCACUAACUCAACAUUCGCCACCAAUGAUGCCUUCAUUACCGACAACACUUCCAUCGACAUCACAUAUCAAUCAUCCACGAAAGCAUCACUACAACAUUCCUCAGCCAAAUACAUAUUCUGAUAGUAUUAGGCGAAUACCAACACAUAUGAUAAAUAAUAGUCGACUGGACUCAUCCACAACACAACAUUUUCAGUCGUUCCACAUGAGAAACCCUCCCUCUACUCAUACGACAUCCGAACACAUGAGAAGCUCAAUGUUGUUGCCCAAUGCAAGACAUCAGAUGCCAAAUGUAAUGUCAUCGAUGGGCAGUAAUGGCAUACGUCCUCAAACGCAAAUGUCUCAGUCUGUUGGAUAUUCAACACAUAACAGACCACCGCCACCAUAUCCAUCACUAAUGCGGUCAUCGCCAUUACCCCAUACAGUAGUAGAUCAUAAUAUUAAUCGUUUGCAACAUCGGAUGCCCGGUCCUCAUGAAAGGCCAUAUAAUUCAUACGUAAAUACGUCGACAAUCAGACCAGAUAUACUAACUCAUCAACGAAUGUCCCAUUUGACACAACAACAACAGCGUCAUCCAUACUCUAUGCCCAAUACAAUGUCAUAUUGUGGACGAUUACCAUCUCCUUCAUCGGUUCCCAAAUCUAUACCCAAUAAUAAUAACAAUGUUCAACAACAACAUCUAACUCCAACACCACUUCCACCAAUGAGAACUCAAUUUAUUCCAUUACCCGCUGAAUGUCAUCAAAAGAGGAUAACUGUUGAACCAAAACAGUCAGAGGAAGUCCGUAAAAAAAUAAUUGAACAAAACUAUGGUAUUGAUAGCCAGCAAUACACAGCAGUCAACUCUUUUAAAGAGCAACCAAUUUUCAAUCCAUAUGUUCAACAGAUGACUAAUUUUGAUAACAAUAUCAUAAACAUUAAAGACAGACAACUAGUUGAUCACCGUUCGAAUCUUAGGCCACAAAUCUGUGACAAUAGAUCCAGUUUACCCUUACAUAACAAUCACAGCUCAGACUAUAGACAAGUGUUUAACUCACAAAUGUCUAAUCAAAUCAAUACUAAUAAAAACAACAACAAUAAUAAUACCAUUAUUAAUGAUAGUCAUAAUAAUAGUAUCACAAGACAUGAUUUAUUGCAGAGAUUGUUAUCAGAAGGAGAAGAUGAAGACAAUAGUUCAUCGCCUAAACUGAUUGAUAAUGAAAAACGAUUAUCACUUAUACAGAAACACGGAUAUAUGGGAACCACUGGAAGUCCAGUACCUAUGGGAUAUCCGACUGGUUAUGAAAACAAAGAGCAUACUAUACAAGCAAAUAGUAACUUAAAUAAAGCUGUUUUAAAUGAUGUUCCGCCGCCACUAAUAAGGCCAACAUCUCGAUCGUCAAUUAGUUCGGCAUCUAUGACACCGCCGGCAUCAGCACAAGUCAAUGGCCACAAAGAUAUAUUGACCGAAGCCAUGGAAGAAAUUGAAUUGUCUUAUCCGUGCGAUGACGACAUAGUUGUAGAAGAAAGUGAAAAAAGUAUUGACUUAAAUGCAAGUAUUUCAGGUGACGAUACGUCAUCAAUACCCGCCUCAACCACUGAUGACAACCAAGUGAUAUACUUCUGUGCCGACGGAGAAUCACCUGAAAACUUGACGAACGAGCAGUUGCUUGAAUUGUUGAAAAAUAAUUGCUUAAGAAUUGUCGACAGCGAUUCACAGGACACGAUUAAUACUCGCAAAUCUGAAGAUCUCUUAAUUAAUGAUAAGACAGAUACAGUUGUCGAUAAUACUACAGCUUAUGAAAUGGUCGAUAACGAAGAGAUUCAAAACAUUGAAACUAGUGUUUCGAUUGGCAAUAUUGACGCCAAUAAAGAUGAUAAUAGAUUGAGUGCAAUAGCAAUAGAUAAUGUGAUUACGGGUAAUGACAACGAUAUGUCACAAUCAGACCAAAACAACGAUUAUAAUAAUACUUUGAUAUCUGAGUCUCCGAUAACUAUAGUGGAAACAGAAACAAUUGAGUGCAAUACAACUGUUAAUGACGAUGAAGACAUUGAAGUCGAUAAGGAUGAUAAUGAGGAAGAUAUUGGUGUCAAUAAAAAUAUAGAUUCUGAAGACAUUGUUGUUGAUAAUGAUAAUAAUGAUGAAGAUAUUGGUCUCAAUAAAAAUAUAGAUUCUGAAGAGAUUGUUGUCGAUAAGGAUUCAAAUGAAAUUGAUGUUCUGGACGACGAUAAUCGUACUGAAGAUGAUAUAGAUAAUAGAAUUGAUUGUGGAAUCAAUGACAUGACAGCACUGGCCGUUGCUUCCAUAUGUUCACCACAAGAGAGACAAACAGUAAAAUAUAGUGGUGUUAAUGAUCUCCAGCGACCGAUCCAAAGAUUACCACAUAUUCGUGUACCGCAUGAUUUUGUCGAAGAAGAAAUUGCUCUCAAAGCUAUUGUUUGUGAAUUAGAUACUACUUCUGUCAACCAGGAAGAGGAGCUCAUUAUUGCCUCGGCUGACGACGAUCUCAUCGCUGAAUCGGUGGUCACAACUCAGUCUUCUCAACUCAUCAGUUUGACAUAUGAUGUUACUUUAGUCUGUAAUGAUAAUGAAACUGUUGUUGUUGUUGACGAUGAUAGUGCUGACAACAAUGAUUGUGUAGAUAGUGAUGUCGCUGAAGUCAUAGAGAAAGUUAUUUGUUUGGUUGUCGAUGAAGUCAAUAAAAAUGUUGAUGAACUCAAUGAAAACAACGAACAAGAAUUGAAUGACAACAAUGAUGACCAACUCAAUGGCAGCAACAAUGAAGAGCUCAAAGAAAACAUCGAUGAAGAACUUAAUAACCAGAAAAAUGAAGAAAAUAAUGACAACAACGAUGAAGAGCUCAAUGACCAGAAAAAUGAAGAUAAUAAUGACAACAACGAUGAAGAAAAUAAUGACAACAACGAUGAAGAACUCAAUGACCAGAAAAAUGAAAAAAAUAAUGACAACAACUAUGAAGAGCUCAAUGACCAGAAAAAUGAAGAUAAUAAUGACAACAACGAUGAAGAUCUCAAUGGCAGCAACAAUGAAGAGCUCAAAGAACACAACGAUGAAGAACUCAAUGACCAGAAAAAUGAAGAAAAUAAUGACAACAAUGAUGAAGAACUCAAUUACCAGAAAAAUGAAGAAAAUAAUGAUAACAACGAUGAAGAACUUAAUGAUCAAAACAAUGAAAUUAGCUAUUCUACUGACGACGACAUAUCCAAAGACAAUUCACCGGUUUCUGUAUACAACUCUUACAACAAAUCGAUGGAAACUAAUCUUAUCAUUAGACUACCAUCUCUUUCGACAUAUGAAGUAUACGAUGAUUCAAAUGUUGAGGAACAACAACAACAGCAAUCUGUUUAUAAUAACAAUUUUGUGUCUAUCACUACAACUAUCACUAAACAGUUCUCUAAUAAUGAUGACAUUCAAAAGAGUCCGCUUGAAGUGCCGCUAAUUGAAUACAAAGAGUUACAUCAUAGCCAACAAACAUUUAAUGAGAACUAUAGCGAUGAUAAUAAUAAUGAUAAUAUAGAUAAUAACAAUAUUAACAGUCAAAACAAUAAUAAGGAAAUUAAUUCAACAAAUAGUAAUGACAUUAUGUUGAACACAGUUAUCACCGAAGUUAAUGGCGAUUUACAUGACAGCAUUGACGGUCAAUCAGCUAUCGGCAAAAAGUUGAGUGAUGCGACUGAUGAUUUGCCAAUAAUAGUUAACAAUAAUAAGGAAAUUAAUUCAACGAAUAGUAAUAACAACAGUAAUAGUAAGAAAAGAUUACAUGAAGUGCCUCUUAAUUACAUCCAUCCAUCGGAUGUCGAGUCCAAUCAAUCGGAAACUAUGGAAAUAAGAAAUCAUUUGUUGAUUUGUCAUAAAAAGAAAAAGAGCGUAAAGUCUGCUAAACGACGAAAAACAUCAAUCAAGUUGUCAUCAAAACCACCGAAGAAGUCAAUGUCUGUCGAUGAAGAGAAAGAAAUUCUUCAGCUGAUCCGCAAUCGAUUGAACGGUUGGGAUAGAGGCUGGACGGCCAACGAAAUUGUCGGCAUCAACAGUCUAAACGAUACGCUUGUAUUUUUGGUUAAAUGGUCUAAUGGUCAGCAAACCAUUGUGUUGUCCGAAGUGGCCAAACACAGGUGUCCGCAACUGGUUAUCAAGUUUUAUGAGCGACACAGCGUUUGGGAUGACGAGGACGACAAUGAAUGARUGACCGACCGAUCCAUCAAUUGUGAUCAUCCGUCAUAUCAUUUUGUAUAAUAUAUAUCACAAUUMAAACAUUUUUUCAUUCAAACAAACAAAACAAAAACCCAAAUGUCGUGUUUUAUGUCCUUAACAUAAUAACCUCAACUUAUCAUUAUAUAUGUGUGGACAUAGACACUGGUUAUUAUAAAAAGAGUUGAUUCAUAUUAUUGUUUACACAACAUUUGUAAAAGAGUUACUAAUAUAUAUUACAUUUGCCUUAAAUUGCAUUUUUUAAAAAAGUACAAUUCAAUAGAUAAAAAAUAUAUAAUUACAAUAUAUGUAAUAAUUUAU